AAUCUGUAUUACACUCCAUUAUCUUUCAUUUUACUCCGCUCUUUUACAUUCCAUCGAUCUAAAUAUGCCUUAAAAUAAUUUAGCAAUGAGGAAAUUAGAGUGAUGGCGUGGUUUUGCAUAAUCCAAUACCCAUUAGAGAUCCAGUAUUGAUCGUUCGGAGAGUGCGAGGUAGUAAACUGUUCGUCACUGUCAACCAUCACAACUCUUCAAAGAUGCUCAACUCCCUCCGUUUUCAAGCUUCAAACCACCCACCCAUUUCUCCAACCUCCACCAAACCUUUCACCAUCAACAACACUCUCUCACAACAACGCAACCUCUCCUUCACAAAACCCAUCGCACUCCCCCAACUCCUCACUUCUUUCACCACCCACUCACUUCAACCGCCACAUUACAUCUCCACCGUUGGAUCCUCAUCCCCCACCCCCUCCCACUGGAACCUCACCCAACGCCACCUCACUCUCCUCCAAGUCUCCGCCGUCGUGUCAGCGAUAUUUACAACGUGGCUCUUUGGUUCUGCAAUUCCCUCGCUUCUGGCUUUCAAGAAGGCAGCAGAAUCACUUGAGAAGGUUAUGGAUACAGCGAGAGAAGAACUUCCUGAUACAAUGGCUGCGGUUAAAUUAUCCGCCGCAGAAGUCAGUGACUUAACCACCGAACUCAGUGAUCUUGGACAAGAGAUUACUCAAGGUGUUAGAAGCUCCACUCGCGUGGUUCGCUCGGUGGAGCAGGGGCUUCGCGGUUUAACCACUAUGCCUUCUUCUUCAGCUUCUUUGCAGGGAAUGGAAUACAGCUCCAAUACUGCGCCUGAUUCGGAUGCACUUGCAGGGGCAAGAACUGUUAGGGGUGUGAGAGAGGGUAUUAUCAAGGGUCGUUCUAUGUUGAAGAUGUUUUUCUCCCUUGCCAAAUUUUCAAGUUUUGCUCUUAACUUCAUCACUAGAGGUGGAAAAAGGUAGAGGCAAGCGAAGUUGCUUGAUUUCUUCAAUGUGAACCCUGAGCAGCACCAAGGUUCUCUUCUGUCUUCUCUACUGUUAUAGGAUCUUCUGUUUUUUUUCUUCCAUGGAAUAGAGAUGUUCCCCUUUAGAUGAGGCUAUAGGGUCUAGUGCAAUAAAUAAUGUGUAUAGAAACCUAAUAGAAAGAACAGAUUGAAUGCAUUUUGUACUCUACAUAAACUUCAAUACUAGGAUUUGAUGUUUCAAACUCUUGUGGCAUACUCUUGCUUUCAUCUAGCUAUUGAUCAA